AAGAGGAGCUGUGGAUGCACGUGGACGCCGCCUAUGCAGGGAGCGCCUUCAUCUGCCCCGAAUUCCGGCAUUUUAUGGACGGCAUCGAGUACGCCCAUUCCAUCGCCUUCAACCCGUCCAAGUGGAUGAUGGUCCACUUCGACUGCACGGCUAUGUGGGUGAAGAACAGUGGUUCUCUCCACCGCACGUUCAACGUCGACCCGAUUUACCUCCAGCACGAGAACUCAGGUCUUGCAAUCGACUAUAUGAAUGUCCUUAUGUUUCACUCACGCAGUAAAUCCAUGAGAUUUCCCUCACACUAA